AUGGGAACUUUUUGGGUCCAAUACUUCAACUGUAUACUUCAUCUAACUUAUGUUUCAAAAGACUGUUUUGUACUCACUUCCGAAUUCAUUAUCAACGAUACAGUAAUCUCUAUCGAUCCAAUAGUAACCCACUUUUUGAAAAAUUCGGAUUCGUUUUUUUUUGCAAAGUUUAUUCCAAACUUCAUACAGACUUUUCGAAGCUCAUCAAACAUGCCAACAAUAUUCUUCGUCACCCUGGGAACCUUUGUCCUUUCCCUUCCUCUAUUUUUCCUCCAAUUCUAUCUCGUUUUCUUCCUCUGGUCGCUCGUUGAGCCCCGAUACACAAUCGCAGUGUGCACUUUUGUAAAAUGCAUCACCAGUUCCACAACAUCUUGUGCUCAGGUACUUCCUUUGGUAAGAAAUGGUAUCUCCGUGGGAGAAAAGAACAAAAAAGGAUUGCAGCCAGUAGCCAUAUACCGAUACUUCAUUGUCGUCAGAAACAGAAAAAUGCCAUCGUGGUUUGUAGUCGUGGUCCAUUCGUUCAUUUCGAUUGUCUUUUUUGUGAUUGCUAUUCUGAACUUUCCAUUGGGAGAAUUUGAAACAAAUGACCAAUGUGCAAUACUUCGAUUCAGUAAAGUAAUGGAAGCAGUUAGGAUAUCUCUAACUCUUGGUCUCAAUCUUUUCGCUGUGCUCAUCAACAUAGCAAUCUAUACAUUUGUCAAAAAAUAUGACAAGAGGAAUGUCGAUGUUCAUCGUCGUCGAGUUCAAUUGACCUAUUCAAUGCUUUUGCAAUCCAUGAUCCCAAUUUUGGUUUCGAUCCCAUUGCUCGUUGGUUCUUUUGAUUUUUACUUUGGAUACACCCUUCCGUCUGGUUUCACAUCUCGUUGGUAUGCUACAACAUUCCUUUCUCCAUUCCUUACACCCAUAUCUUCAAUGCUUUCACUUCGAACAAUUCGUCAUGAAUUACUAUCAGUUUUACUAAGUUCUUCAAUAUUCAAUGGCACUCGAAAGAUCUCAAAUUUGGUGACAAAAACGAGCAAAACAAAUGCAGUACCACAGAGUUCCGAUUAUUCUGCUGCCUAG